UUAAAUUACACGGCUACGUGUAUGAAGAUCGCUUGGAAUAUUUCACCCACGUUGUCUUUUAUUUUGACCAUUGCUUGAGAGAGACAGCUGUUUAUUGGAUGAUCCAGCAGUAAUGAAGCCUAGAACGUGUAGUUUAUUAGGACUGUUAUUGUAGACGUAAUGGACAAUUCAUACUACACACGGAUGUAUCGGGGUGGUCGGAGGAGUAGCACAGAAACGUACACAUCCAGCAGUGAAACAAAUUCCGAGUCAUCCGACUAUGAGUAUCGAAUAACGAAAAGGUUUGACGAUAUACGUAAUUAUUCCAGUUCAACAUCAUCCGACGAAUCCAGCGAUUGUAGUUCGUCCAGUUACGAGUACAGUUGGAGAGAAGCAAAGAAGAAAUCUAAAGAUUAUGAAUAUGUAUGGACAGAAGCUAAGGCGGUUAUACCAUCAAUUACUGCAAUACCAUGUACGGUGGAUAUAAACGGCACAAAGUUACCAGCUGUCAAAGGAAGUCGCUACACAUUAGUUCCAUUAAAGGCCGUUCUUGUAAUUCUGUUCCCAAACAAUACUCCGGAUGAUCUAGAAGAGGGUUUGAGGAUUCUUGAUAUUCAUCAGCUCACUAAAUCUGAAGCCGAAAAACUGACUGAAUUUGUUAAAUCUCUACAUGAAAUUGGAACGCGUUCGUUUACCGUUGGUGAAGAAAUUUAUGUUGCUAGUUUCUCUGCAGGAGAACCCGCCUGUGAACACAAUUCAUUGAAGGCGAAAUAUACAUCCAUUUUGGACACAUUGGUAAUUACUGCUACUGACUCGAUAAAAGGAUGCAAUUCUGCCAUAAAAACUUCACAUAAACCAAUGAGUAAUGAUGAAGAAAAAUCUGUACUACUGAAGCGUGGAAAUCGGACUAAGUUGAAGAAAAAUUCACUAAAUCGUGAAAAUGGCGAAGCAAGCCCGAGAACGGAGAUGACAGAUGAGAGAACAUCGCAGGAAAGCGAAGACACCUCAGACUCGCCGAAUUCCGAAGCAAGCGAUAGUGUUUGUUUAAUUCGUCAUAAGAUUCGUAAUAAAAGGGCCGAAGAAAAUAGAAAUUCGCAAAAGAACGGAUUGCUUGAAAUAAAAGCAGCGUAUACGCCUCAAAAACAGAAAGAGGUAGUUGUGUUGAAACAUCUUUUUCCUGAAAAUGAAGAUGUUGAAUCGGAGAGUGAUGCGAUUGCUUCCUCACACCUUGACGACGAAAAAGAUCUGAAAACUUGCAAAACAUCAACAGAGAAGCAAGAUGAUGACGUGAAGAGCCAAGGUCGAGACAAAAAAGAAACUUGCAAAACAUCAACAGAGAAGCAAGAUCAUAAUGUGAAGGGUCAAGUUCGAGACGAAAAAGAAACUUGCAAAACAUCAAAAGAGAAGCAAGAUCAUUAUGUGAAGGGUCAAGUUCGAGACGAAAAAGAAACUUGCAAAACAUCAACAGAGAAGCAAGAUCAUUAUGUGAAGGGCCAAGGUCGAGACGAAAAAGAAACUUGCAAAACAUCAAGAGAGAAACAAGAUCAUUAUGUGAAGGGUCAAGUUCGAGACGAAAAAGAAACUUGCAAAACAUCAACAGAGAAGCAAGAUCAUUAUGUGAAGGGCCAAGGUCGAGACGAAAAAGAAACUUGCAAAACAUCAGGAGAGAAGCAAGAUCAUUAUGUGAAGGGUCAAGUUCGAGACGAAAAAGAAACUUGCAAAACAUCAACAGAGAAGCAAGAUCAUAACCUGGAGGACCAAGUUGGGGAAGAAGACAUGGACACCUGGACUUCUUUACUGCUGAGACAUAAAAAUUCAUCGCAGUGUUCUUCGGAUUUAGUGACAGAUGUGAGCACACUUUCAGUGAAAGAUGAUAAAGCGGUGAUCAAAAAUAAGUACACUGACAAGAAGAAACUCACCAAGAAAAAUAUACUUAAAUGUGAUGCUGAGUCGACGCAGUCUCGGAAAUCGAAAAUGGUAAAGGAUAAAUCGGCAUUGAAAAAUACCUCAAAUGAUCACAAUUUAAAAUUGCUCAGCUCUGAAAAGGAAUGUGAAAUGGAGAAUUCCGGUGUACAUGAAGUUGCGAAAGAAUUGCCUAUUAAACACUUCAUGGAUAAUGACAUUGCUGCAUCAGUCUGUGGUGUGAAAAUUGGUUUCACUUUCAACAAAACGCUAAAAACUAUCACCACCAUGAAUGAAGCUUUCAUGGACAACGAAAUUACUAAUAACAAAAAUGCCUCAUGCACUCAAACAAAUAACACAUCCGAAACUUUUACUAGUAGCGAUUGGAAAGUGACAGAUUCCUAUACCUGUGACAGUCCAGAAGGCGGAAAAAAUGUUGAAACGGACUCUCAUAAAAGUAGUCACAGCGAGAAGUCUAUGGUACGAACUCCGGUUCGGACUUGUCGAGAAUUAUCUGAAAAUAGCGAACAAAUACCACCCGAUCCACCUCGGAAGAGCAAAUCUCCUAAACGCCAAACUGUCAAGCGAGAAUGUGUUGAAAAGUUUCGUUCGGAAAGAUCUGGUAAAAAGUCUGAUAGGUCAGACCGAGAUUCAAAAAAGUCUGCCAAGUCAGGUAAGGAUGCAAACAGGUCAUCUUACAAAGAAGAAAUUCACAGUCCAAAAAAAUCAACGUCCUACUCACGACAUGAACACAAAAAGGAAUUUUCCCGUGAAAGAGAUUCAACCGAGGGACGAAAAUGGAGAACAUUUGAGAGAUACGGAGGCUAUGGGCAAAGUAAUAACUAUUAUAGGAAGACACAGAGAAUAGUGCAACGAACCCCACGAUUUGCGCCCAACUAUGCCAGAUUACGGUUUGUGUACGAUCCCAGUUUGUACUCGCCAUUAUCAUCAUCUGAAACCGAUUUUGGAGACGAGGAAGAAGAAGAAGUAACUGAAGAAAAACCGAAGCACAAAGUUUUGCGAAGAAGGUCUUCCCGUGACAAUUCCCGCUAUCGAUCACAAAACAGAAAUAGUGGUUCUGCUGAGCGAUCGUCUGAUCGCAACUUCAAGUCCACCCGAAGUCCACCUCGAAGAAUUCCUAAUUGUGUUAUAAGGCGAGAAUUUAGUCCAGAGUCAGACAAAAAGAAUGAAACAAUACUUCCAGUUGGGGUACAAAAUAUAGAUGCAGUUAUACCAUGUAAUUCGAAGGAUAUUGAGAAUCUUGUGACUGCUAUCAGAAAGAAAUGUGAUAACGACGAUUUUGCUUUUCUCAACCGCGAGCAUAGUCGCCCAUCUUUUAGGCAACGUCAAUCACGAAAUGUGAGGCGACCCCAACCACGAAGACGAUCUCAUUCUCCGUCAUGCGCACCUGGAUUUACACCGUCGCCCCCACGUCUCAGAAAAAUGAAAAACUUUCGUCGCCGUUCUCUUUCCCCUGUUUCGCGGAUAGAACGAUCACCCUAUUUUAAGUUGGAAACUGCUAUGGCAGAUAUUGAAUACAUGAGAAACACUUUUCAGGAUAAUAUACAGUAUCCUACCACUGGACUGUAUACAACUUCCCCUUUUACACCAUUCAAUUCAGUCAAUGCAUUUUCAGAGUUCGAACGAGUGUGGAAUGUAGGCAAAGCAGGAAACAAUGGUACAGACUCGCUUAACGUUGAACAACGUGAAUCAUAUUUACCGCGUACCGCUGAAACAACUCGUUCUAAAAUAGACAGACAUUUCAUAAACGGCGCUGUUAGUUUGUCCAGUGAGCUGAAGCGUUCUGAUAAUAGUCCGUUUACGCCAAUUGCAAGUCAAUUCAGUUUUAAACGGCACACAACAGGCAGUACCCGUUUGUUCAUUGUACUCAUUUCAGCAGCGUGA